AUGUCAGCCACAGAAGAAUUACCAACUUUUGACGUUAGUCAAAAGAAAAAGAAAAAGACCUCCUCCUCUACCAAAGAUGGUGAGGAAAAGAAAGAGAGAAAGAGCAAAAAGACAGUAACUGAAGAACCUGCAACUGAAGAAAAAGAAAAGAAAAAGAAAAAGAAGUCAUCAUCAGCCGAUGCUCCAGCAGCUGGAGAAGAAGCUGAAGCAGGCGAUGCUAUAGAUUUUGGAAAAAAGAAGAAAAAGAGAUCAUCAAAGUCAUCGUCGUCUGAUGCUACUACCGAAGCAGACAAUACCGAAGAUACAGCACAAGAAGAGACAUCAACCACAAGCACUGGUCAAGAAAAGCAAGUUGCUCAAGAGGCUGAAGAUAUCAAUGAAGAAGUAACUGGAACUCCAUGGGUUGGAACAGAUCGUGAUUAUAAAUACUCUGAAUUGACAUACAGAAUCUACCAUCUCCUCCAAGCUGGAAAUCCAGAACUCAUUUCCGAUCAAAAACGUGCCAUGAAGACUCCAAAGGUCUUUAGAGAAGGUAGCAGAAAGACUGUUUGGGCAAACUUUGCAGAGAUUUGUCAAAUCCUUAAUCGUAAGACUGAUCACGUUUUAUCCUAUGUAUUUGCUGAAUUGGGUACCAAUGGUUCAGUCGAUGGUAAUCAAAAUCUUGUCAUCAAGGGACGUUUCCAACAACAACAAAUGGAAGUUGUUAUUCGUCAUUAUAUUGCUGAAUACGUCGCUUGUCGUAAUUGUAAAAGUCCAAAUACCACACUUGAUAGAAACAACCGUCUCUACUUUUUGUGUUGCAACGUCUGUAACUCAAAGAGAUCUGUAGCCGUCAUCAAGAAGGGUUUGGAAGUCGGAAAGAAACAACCAAAGGACAAUUAA